GGCUUUCUGGAGAAGUGAGUUGGUCUCCGAGGAACCAAGGCCGAGAGGGAGACCGAGCCUUUGGGGGCCUCUGCCAGCCGCGGGGCCGCGCCGGAGCGUCACCGUCGCCUCAUUCUGCUUCUCUGCUGAGGCGCCGCGCGGCCGGACAGCGGGUCCAGGCCUAAGCCGGGCGCCCAGGGCCUUCCGGGGCCACCCGGGCUCAGCAUGCCCGGGGUGAAGCUGACCACCCAGGCUUACUGCAAAAUGGUGCUGCACGGCGCCAAGUACCCCCACUGCGCCGUCAACGGACUCCUGGUGGCCGAGAAGCAGAAGCCGCGCAAGGAGCACCUCCCGCUGGGCGGCCCGGGCGCGCACCACACCCUCUUCGUGGACUGCAUCCCCCUUUUCCACGGCACCCUGGCCCUCGCCCCCAUGCUGGAGGUAGCUCUCACCUUGAUUGAUUCAUGGUGCAAAGAUAAUAGCUAUGUGAUUGCUGGUUAUUAUCAAGCGAAUGAGCGUGUGAAGGACGCCAGUCCAAACCAGGUUGCUGAGAAGGUGGCUUCUCGGAUUGCUGAGGGCUUCGGUGACGCCGCGCUCAUCAUGGUAGACAACACGAAGUUUACAAUGGACUGCCUCGUGCCUACGGUCCACGUGUACGAACACCAUGAGAACAGAUGGCGGUGCAGAGACCCACACUAUGAUUACUGUGAAGACUGGCCUGAAGCCCAGAGGAUCUCAGCCUCACUCCUAGACAGCCGGUCCUAUGAAACCCUUGUGGAUUUCGACAAUCACCUGGAUGACAUUCGGAAUGACUGGACAAACCCCGAAAUCAACAAAGCUAUUCUGCACCUGUGUUAG